UGAGGUCGUAAAUUAACACGUGUACUCGCCAUUAUUACACGUCGUGUUCAUGUUGAUUACAGUAUGAUAGCAGACACUUGUUCACUCGGACUCGACACAAUCAAUCGCCACACGGACAGUCGGGUGGCGCUACGCUACACUGCUAAAUUAGUUGAUUUCUACGUAAAUCAAUGUGAACCUAAUGUCUCCGUCUAUUUCCAAUUAAUGUCCAAUGGUCUUCAAUUAUCCUAGGAACGUUAGAAGUAAAUGAUCAUGCUCCCAGUGCUGUAGAGAUGGAUGGUUUUCAGUUCGCAGAUACAUCAUUUCUCGGCUCCACAAGGAUUUAACACAGCGGCCCUACUACUACUCUACACCAUGACUGGGAAGGCACUAGGGGCCAAAGUGUCCAGUUUCUUUGAUAUACCGGAAAAACGAGUCCAUGCUGCAGGAUCUAGUGUCAUAUCAUACGCUUGUGACCCAAUUCACGAUGAUACUGGAAGAUCCAUGAAAAAGGUCUUUUACGAGAACACUUACCAGCUGGAUCCUCCCGCGAAAUUCAGGGCUGAUAAGAUUACUCCCAUCAUUGAGGGCAUUCUACAAACAAACCUGGAAGGUCGGAAGUAUGAUCCUAUAGAAUGUUCACUGUUGUCGAAAUCUCUGUCCGAAGAGAUAAAGCACCGAGUCAAAGAACUUAACUUUAAAAGGUACAAGACGGUGUGUACAGUGACAAUAGGACAAAAGAAUGACCAGGGGGUCCGGAUUGGAAGCCGAUAUCUGUGGGACCACGACCGUGACAACUACGCCGCCGCCUCCUUCCACAACAAGCACAUCUUCGCCGUGGGGACUGUGUACGCCGUAUACUUCGAGUGAUUACAUCGCCCGACACCCAUUACAAUGUUAUUUAAUAUUUCGCGUUCAAUAACGCUUCAAUCAAGACAAAGUCUGUCUUAGACAAAGUGAAAAAAAUGACAUUGUCUAAAUGAAGAGUAUGGAUCUAGUGUCAAAAUAUUUGCUAGAACCCAGUACUUAUUAUACAAAUAUUGACAUUUGUUUUUUCCUUGCAAAGAAGUUCACUUUUUGAUAUAAAGAAACUGGCUCUAUCAAGUUAAAUAUUCAAUUUUAUUUAACAUAUCAUAGGCUAUAAUACAAAGAAACAACUCACAGAAUACAAUACUUUGAAUUCAUUUUCUGAUAACUGGGUCAUGUACAAUAUUGAAAUAACUCAAAUCGUACUUUCAGUCUACAUAUACAUAUAUUUUGUAAAAAUGUAUAAAACAAUAAAUUAUGUGGUAUAAAUAUAUUUAUAAAACUAAUAUAUUUUCAGAUAACAGUUAUGGGAAUGGACGAUGCCAUCAUAUACAAUGAAUUAAUCGCCAUGCUUGAAAACUGUUUAACACAUUGUUAGAAAGAUAAACAUGUAUAUAUAUUGCACUAGUAUAAGUGAAAAUGAUUCACUUUUUAAAUGUAUAAAUGUUUCCACAAGAUCACCGUCCAUGCUUGGAGUACAAUUCCUGCCAAAAUAUUGUAAUAUUAUUAAAGUUGUUAUUUUGU